UAUUAUUCUGUAUAAUUCAGGUUCAGAAUACUUCUGGUAACACCUCAGAAAAAAGAUGUUCAUGGCAACAUGACAAUAAGGGAGGAUCUUGAGCUUCUAAAAUUAACCCACCAACAAUAUUAAUAAGCAAUGAACCACAGAGAUUUGGUGGGACAGCAGAGUUGUAACACUCCUCUGAUGAUGGAAGAAGAAGAAUACGAACUCUGCUUUCCACAACUCCUCAAUGCCUCCUGCAAGAAAAUAAAGCACUCUUAUUUUGGAACUGUGUUUCUCUCAUUUAUACUUUGUUUUAUUUCUCUGAUCACUGUACUUCUCAACUUGCUGCUCAUCAUCUCAAUCUCUUAUUUCAGGCAGCUCCAGACCUCCACCAACCUCAUCCUCCUCUCCCUGGCUGUCUCAGAUCUCUUUGUGGGCCUUCUACUUUUCUUACAGAUUACGCUGACAGAUGGAUGCUGGUAUCUUGGUGACAUUGUGUGUAUUUUAUAUUUUAUUUCAGCUGUAAUUAAUACCUCUGCUUCAGUGGGAAAUAUGGUGCUCAUAUCUAUUGACCGUUAUGUGGCUAUAUGUGAUCCUCUACAUUAUCCCACAAAAGUCACAGUGAAACGAGUUCAAGUUUGUAUUUCACUCUGUUGGUCUUGUUCUCUUGGUUAUUCCAUUGUGAUUUGGAGUGAUAAUCUGAAACAGCCAGGCAGGGUUAGUUCCUGCUCUGGAGAGUGUAUUGUUAGUGUUGGAAUUAUUGAACAAUUUGUAGACCUUUUUUUAACCCUUGUUAUUCCCAUAACUGUCAUCAUUCUGCUCUAUCUCAGAGUGUUUGUGGUGGCUGUGUCACAGGUGCAGGCCAUGCGUUCCCAUGUUGCAGCUUCCUCACAAAAACAUUCAGGAACAGUUAUUAUCCAGAAAUCUGAGCUGAAAGCAGCCAUGAUUCUGGGGGUUGUUGUGGUUGCGUUUUUGAUGUGCCUGUGUCCAUAUUAUUGUGUCAUACUUACAGCUCAGAGCACUAGACUAAAUAAUGUAUCAGCUGUGUUUGUUUUAUGUUUGUUCUAUUUUAAUUCUUGUCUCAACCCCAUGAUCUAUGCUGUUUUCUAUCCCUGGUUUAGAAAAGCUAUAAAACUCAUUGUUACACUUCAGGUACUGAAGUCUGGCUCAGCUGAUUUCAGAAUAUUGUAAAGUAAAACUAAGGGAUACAAAAAGCCUUUAAUUGGAUGCUCAUGAGUUACUCUGCCA